ACAGGCAAUAUACAGCCAUAUUUGACGCCUCCAUUUUUGCCUUUUUCUUCCUUACUCAUUCCCUGCAGCAGCAAACCCCAGAAAUCACCUCUCUUUGUUUCUCUCUCCUUCCUAUAUAAACACAGACAAACCCCAUUUCAAUUUCUGUACUCUUUCUCUUUCUCUCUCCUUUCUUUUUUCUUUAAAAAAUAAAGCUGCCGAAUUCCAAGAAAAAAGAAAAAGGCUUUUUCUUACAGCUUUGGUUUUGGAAUAUGGUUCAUCAAUAUAUGCGCUAUCAGCCAUGGAGAAAAGGGAUGAAUUUGGGAAAAACUCAUUUUCAUCAUGAAGAAGAUGAAGAAGAAGGAGAAGUGGGUAUGAUGGGAUGUCAAGAGUUUUAUUACUCUGCCUCUGCUUACAAGAAAGCUAAUAAACCCAAGUUUUUGUUUCUUCUUUUUCUUUCUUUUCUCUCUUGUUCCAUCAUUUUUGCUCCCCAUUUCUUCUCUUCUUCUUUCUCUCCUUUCUAUUCUUUUGGUGUUCAAAAUGAUGAUCUCUCUGUUGAUAAGGAGGUUUUUGCUCCUCUCUGUUCUUCUAUCCCUAAUGGAACCAUAUGUUGCGACAGAAAUAGCAUUCGCUCUGAUAUCUGUAUUAUGAAAGGAGAUAUAAGAACAGAUUCUUCUUCCUCUUCAAUCUUCCUCUAUACCUCACCUGAUUCCCCUAUUGAGUUUGGCGAUGAUCAAGGAGUGCUCCAAGUCGAAAAAAUUAAACCAUAUACUAGAAAAUGGGAGAAAAACACCAUGGAUACAAUCGAUGAAUUGGAGCUUAUUGUGAAACGUAAGAGCAAUGACAUUGAUCAACAGCAUCGGUGCGAUGUAAGACACAACGUCCCAGCCGUGUUCUUCUCGACGGGAGGCUAUACGGGCAAUGUUUACCACGAAUUCAAUGACGGGAUUUUGCCGCUUUAUAUAACUUCUCAUAAUAUGAAUAAGGAGGUUGUUUUUGUGAUCCUUGAGUAUCACAAGUGGUGGCUAACAAAAUAUGCUGAUAUUCUUUCCCAACUCUCUAAUUACCCUGUAAUUGACUUUAGAAAAAACAAUAAAACUCAUUGCUUCCCACAAGUUAUUGCUGGUUUGAGAAUCCACGACGAGUUAUCUGUGGACCCUUCAUUGAUGGAAGGGGGGAAGAGCAUAGUUGAUUUCCGGAAUCUCUUGGACAUGGCGUACCAACCUCGAAUCCGUGAAUUGAUUCGGCAAGAGGAGGAAGAAGGGAAGAUUUCUUUGUAUAUCUCAAAGCGACCGAAAUUGGUGGUUUUGUCAAGAAAGGGGUCGUCAAGAGCGAUAACGAAUGAGAAGUUGAUGGUGAAGAUGGCGGAGAGAAUGGGGUUCGAGGUGAAAGUUUUGAGGCCAGAUAAAACAACAGAGUUGGCCAAGAUAUAUAGAGAGAUGAAUGAAAGUGAUGUACUGAUAGGAGUUCAUGGAGCUGCAUUGACACACACUCUAUUCAUGAGGCCUAAUGCGGUUUUUAUCCAAAUAAUUCCAUUGGGGACUGUUUGGGCAGCGGAAACAUACUACGGGGAGCCUGCGAAGAAGCUGGGUUUGAAGUACAUUGGGUACGAAAUUGGGGCGAAGGAGAGUUCGCUGUAUAGUAAUUACAAAAAGGACGAUCCUGUUCUAGUGAAUCCAGAUAGCAUUACGAAAAAAGGGUGGGAGUACACGAAGAAAAUAUAUCUGGAUAGCCAAAAUGUGAGAUUGAAUCUUGCACGGUUUGAGAAGCGAUUGGAGCGAGCUUAUUACUAUUGCAUCGCCCGAGCUCGGCAGGGUCGAUCCCACUGAUUUUGUUCUGCAUCAUCAUCCUUCUUAAUUUUGUGGAUAAACAUCUCAUUAUUAAUUCUUCUCUUUAUUUUGCACAUAAAAAUCACCAACUUGGCUUGGCCACUGAAUAAUUUACAAAGGAGAUCAAAAACACUGUAAAUUCUUCUUUUUUUUUUUUAGGUUAGGAUUGCUUUUUUUUAAAAUUAAUUUUUAAUUUUCAUUUUUGGGUAUAUAUAUAUAUAUGUGAGAUUCAAUCUUAUCUUCAA